GGGCGCUGAUAAGCGGCCGCUGGGCUCUGCUCCCCAGUCGGCUAGCGCGACCGCUGCAUCCGCCUGGUGUUGGGCUGCCGACUGGGCCAACUCGGGUGCGGCUGUCUUGUCGCCGCUGUCUCUCGGCCGGAUGAGUUGCACCAGAAUGAUCCAGGUGUUGGAUCCACGUCCUUUGACAAGUUCAGUCAUGCCAGUAGAUGUGGCCAUGAGGCUUUGCUUAGCUCACUCACCACCUCUGAAGAGUUUCCUGGGUCCCUACAAUGACUUCCAGCGAAGAAAUUUUGUGAAUAAACUGAAGCCUCUGAAAUCAUGUCUCAAUCUCAAGCAGCAAGCCAAGUCACAGAAUGAAUGGAAGCACUCGCACGACCAAGCCAAGAAGAGGGUGGUGUUUGCUGACUCCAAGGGCCUCUCACUCACUGCUAUCCAUGUCUUCUCUGACCUCCCUGAGGAACCUGCGUGGGAUCUCCAGUUUGAUCUCUUGGACCUUGAUGAUAUCUCCUCUGGCUUAAAACUUCACGAGGAGAAAAAUUUGGUUUUAGAUUUCCCUCAGCCUUCUACUGAUUACUUAAGUUUCCGGAACCGCUUUCAGAAGAACUUUGUAUGCUUGGAGCACUGCUCUUUGCAAGAGCGAACAGUGAGUGGGACAAUCAAAGUGAAAAAUGUGAGCUUUGAGAAGAGGGUUCAGGUCCGUGUCACCUUCGACACCUGGAAAACCUUCACGGAUGUGGACUGUGUCUACAUGAAGAAUGUUUAUGGCAGCUCAGACAGUGACACUUUCUCCUUUGCCAUCGACUUACCUCCUGUUAUUCCAACUGAGGAGAAAAUUGAGUUCUGUGUUUCUUACCAUGCUAAUGGGCAGGUCUUCUGGGACAACAACGAGGGUCAGAAUUACAGAAUUGUCCAUGUGCAAUGGAAACCUGAUGGGGUGCAGACACAGAUGGCACCCCAAGACCGUGCAUUCCAACAGGUGCCCCCUAAGACCGAGUUAGAAUCGACAGUCUUUGGAAGUCCAAGGCUGGCUAGUGGGCUCUUCCCAGAGUGGCAGAGCUGGGGGAGAAUGGAGAACUUGGCCUCCUAUCGAUGAAUUAGGCAAUCUACUGACUGGUCUUGUUCUCUCCUAAUCCUCAUGGGAUUUUAGGUCUAUAUUGCUCAACAUUAGGAAGUCUUUGUUACCUUCCAUCAGUAGGUUUAGGUGUGAGCUGUUGGGGCCUGGCUAUAGAAAAUAUAGCCACUUGAGAAUUUAGUGUUGGGGUUGAUAUGGGUGAUGCUACCCAGUCUUGUUUUGGAGGAACAAAUAACAGUCUGGGAACUAUUUUUCAUAAAGGUAAUCCAUUCUUAGUUCCCUUCUUCCUUCCCUCUCAGUUCACUAGCUUUUACCCAGGAUAAGGAAAAGUUGAAGGGCAAUUGAUGGUGAAAGAAAGCUGUGGUAAAGGUGUGAGGAAUGUGUGAAAGGUAUACACUGAGGGUUCUGAAGCUCGAGUCAGAGGAGCAGGAGGUCUGAUACUUAACCAUUGGUGGGAAAGCGUAGGUUAUUUUGUGCUUCAAAGUUGAUUGCACAAUUUUCUCCUGAGGAAAUAAAGAGGGGAAAGAGAUCUAUUCUAUGUAUUCUGGCAUAGAAAAAUAAACUUAAAGGGUGUUGGAUGAUAUUCGGGGAAGAUGAACUAUAGUUCUGAAGAAUCAAGAUCUUGAGGGCUAGCUUGGUUGGUAGGGUGUACUUGCCUAGCAGGCUUGAAGCCCUGAAUUCAAUGCCCAGCACUGUAAAACUGGGCAUAGUAGCAUAUGCCAGGAAUCCCAGUACUUGGGAGGUAGAGGCAGGAGGAUCAGAAUUUCAAGGUCAUCCUUGGGUACAUAAGAAAAGAUUGAGGCCAGCUUGGGCUACAUGAAACUGUCUCAAACUAACAACAAUGACAACAUAAACUAACAACAAUGACAACAUAAAGAUCUUAAGUGAAUCUUUUGCAUUUAAAUAAUGUUCUAUCAAAAAUCCUGCUUUGGGGGAAUGUAUAAGCAAAUCUAGCUUUGCAGUCUUAAUACAUAAGUGAUGUUGUAAUCAAGACAUCAUUCUUGGGUUCUUGGUAUAGAAUGCUGCCUGACAUCAGUCAUGCUGUCACCAAUGACUAACAACAUGUAGGGACUCCAUGUCAUGUCAAAGAUAGCUCUUUUUCAGUGCCUUGAUUAAACCAGAACACUGUAUCUGUUUAACCCAGUUAUCUAAUAACUCAUGAGUUUCUGGCCUUAUAUGAAGGUCGACUUGCUGGCAUUCCUCCCAAAAUACUGUUGUCUUUGGGAGCGUUGUCAGUGUUUGCAACUCACAUCCUUCAUAUUGAAGGUGACUCAUCUUUCUGCCACACUUUUUCAAUGUGAUGUUUGAAGUGGUGACUGACAACUAGAGUCUCAAUGCAAGAAUCCAAUACCUUGCACAUAAAAAUAGCAAUGUAUCUUGUGCCUACUUUUGUCUUACUCUUUUAAUUUCAAGUCAAAUACUUUGUUUUUUCUUUAAAAAAUGGAUAUGAAUUAUUUUGGAUGUGAAUUGUUUUGUGUGGCAUAAAUCCAUCCUGUGACAUUUUGAGAAUGGAAGUCCUGGAAUCUUUGCUGUUGUCAUCGUGCAUGUCCUUUGAGAGGUGUUAAGAAAAUGCAGUGAAUUUGAACAUGUGUGAUCUGCCAUGCUGGAAAAGCAUCAUUGGAGUAACUCUGCUAUGACAGUAUUUGAGGUUUGCCUAUCAUCCAUAAGUUCUCUGCUGUAAAUAUUUCACUGUCUUUAGCUAUCCCUUAUAAGCUUCUCACUUUAAAGAAUAAAUGUGCUUGAUAAAAGA